UACAGAGAAGAUAAAGCCUCCAACAUUCUACAUCUCAGUGAUAAAAAGAGGUUAGACAUGGGGAAAUCCUGCAUCAAGUACUUCAUGUACAUCUACAAGAUCAUCAUCAAGUACUUCAUGUACAUCUACAAGAUCAUCAUCCGUAAUGAAUCCCGUACCCAAGUUUAUUAAAACAUUCAAGAACUCAAACUUGCUAAAUCCAAGCUAGCUAAUCCCUGUUAUUUUUGCUGAAAACUAAGAGAUUAAUACUUGAUCCAGAGUAGCGCGAUAAGCACUUAUGCAUUUUAGCUUUAUGAAUUUAUGCCCUUAUCCCAAAUUUUUGCUGAUUUCUUAAAAGUUUUAUCUCUCGUUUUUCUUUCAUUGAAUAUUUAAUCAUCUAGUUCGUUAUC